CAUCAGUCGCUCAGUUUCCACAGCAGCUAAACAGCUAAAUCGCAAUCUAUAUAUAUAUAUAUAUACUAAGGAAUUAAACCUAGAAAAUUCACCAUGAACUUCUACAAGAUCUUCGUUUUCGUCGCCCUCAUCCUGGCCAUCAGCAUUGGACAAUCGGAAGCCGGUUGGCUGAAGAAACUUGGCAAGAGAAUCGAGCGCAUUGGCCAGCACACCCGGGAUGCAACCAUUCAAGGACUGGGAAUUGCGCAACAGGCCGCCAAUGUGGCAGCCACCGCCAGAGGAUGAGCCUUUAAUGUCCAUCAAAGGACUCUACCAGGAUAACGCGCGUUUAAUUAUACACACUUAUUUAUUUACCAGCCAUAGAAAUAAACUAGCUUACAUCCCCG